UGAGAGAAGCGGCUAAGGGCGCAGGAGCAUCUCUCAAAAGGGGACGCCACGGGCCAAAUGUCUGAGAGCGAGCCCAGCCGCUCCCCGGACCCACGCCGCGGGCGACAGUGAUGCUGCAGAACCAGAGGGAGCGACUCGUCGCCGCCGCUCUCCGCGCUGGCGGAGAACCCAGCGCCCGCCUUCUUCAGGGGAAGCAACCGUGGCCAUAGCUCGUGACUUGCCCCCUGAGCACUUACCCUGGAAAGAAAUCCUUGAAAAAGUUGCAUUAAAAACAAAUCCUUGCUCUGACCUUUGGGGCCGUGAGGGCCGAAGAAGCGUUUGUGUGAGUGCAAGCAAGAAAGCGAAAGGUGUGUGUGCAUGGGGGCCGCGGUGGGGGCACCCUCCGCUGCUACUUUGCCUAGCGCUGUGUGAGGCUCUGGGCUUCGCCCUCGGGACCCUGGGGCAGCGAUGAGCCCCUGCUGGCGGGCCCGGCUACACAUGUCCAGAGGGGCCAUGGCUGUACUGGCGUGGAAGUUGCCGCGGAGCCGGCUGCCGGUGGGAGCCAGUGCCCUCUGCGUCGUGGUCCUCUGUUGGCUCUACAUUUUCCCCGUCUACCGGCUGCCCAACGAGAAGGAGAUCGUGCAGGGGGUGCUGCAACAGGGCACUGCGUGGAGGAGGAACGAGACGGCGGCCAGACUCUUCAGGAAACAGAUGGAAGACUGCUGUGACCCCGCCCAUCUCUUUGCUAUGACUAAAAUGAAUUCCCCCAUGGGGAAGAGCAUGUGGUAUGAUGGAGAGUUUUUAUACUCAUUCACCAUUGACAAUUCAACUUAUUCUCUCUUCCCCCAGGCAACCCCAUUCCAGCUGCCCUUGAAGAAAUGUGCGGUGGUGGGAAAUGGUGGGAUUCUGAAGAAGAGUGGCUGUGGCCGUCAAAUAGAUGAAGCAAAUUUUGUCAUGCGGUGCAAUCUCCCUCCCUUGUCAAGUGAGUAUACUAAAGAUGUGGGAACCAAAAGUCAUCUAGUGACAGCUAACCCCAGCAUAAUUCGGCAAAGGUUUCAGAACCUGCUGUGGUCCAGAAAGACAUUUGUAGACAACAUGAAAAUUUAUAACCACAGUUACAUCUAUAUGCCUGCCUUUUCUAUGAAGACAGGAACAGAGCCAUCCCUCCGGGUUUAUUACACACUGUCAGAUGUCGGUGCCAAUCAAACAGUACUCUUUGCUAACCCCAACUUUCUGCGUAGCAUUGGAAAGUUCUGGAAAACUAGGGGAAUUCAUGCCAAACGCCUGUCCACGGGACUCUUUCUGGUGAGCGCAGCCCUGGGCCUCUGCGAGGAGGUGACCAUCUAUGGCUUCUGGCCCUUCUCUGUGAAUAUGCAUGAGCAGCCCAUCAGCCACCACUACUAUGAUAAUGUCUUGCCCUUUUCUGGCUUUCAUGCCAUGCCGGAGGAAUUCCUCCAACUCUGGUACCUUCAUAAAAUCGGCACACUGAGAAUGCAGCUGGACCCAUGUGAGGACACCUCGCUUCAGCCCACUGCCUAGGGACGGUGGGAAAAGAAAGAACUAAGCCAGGGUAUUUUUGUUAGGUUUUCUACGUGACUGCAAAAGGAAAUGGUGACGUCAUUUUAUGGAUUUGCAUGGGCCACUUGCAAACAGCAACCACCACGAAGGAAACUCUACUUUUAAUGUUGUCUUGGAGGACAAAUAAGAAGUGAAACGUUCUAUGAAAUAUUUUAUAGCACAUUGUGGAUUUGCAACUAGUAACAGUCUGAUGAAAUGAUGUUGGUGAAGCACAUGUACGUGGUUUAUGUCAAGAAGGGACAGUUCACAAAUAAGAUGAAACUCUAAUUGUUGAAGAUGAAGAAUUAAUCAAGGUUAAUAAAGGAAAUGCCAGGGCAAAGUGUUAUUGAUUACAAUACUAACUGGCUUUAAAAAAAAACAACUAUUCAUGAAGACUGACAUUAGAACAUAGGUUUUUUUUAAAAAGUAUUAUUUAUUUUUGCCCUAUUUAGGGGCAGUGAUGGGUGAUGGGGUAGAUUUUA